AUGCAGCACUCCCAGUUGGCCCCGCUGCCCAUUAAUGUGCCUUUUCGCAUCGUCUCUGAAACAAUCGGCCAAGGCGCAUAUGCUUGUAUCAAGAAGGCCGCUCCCCUCGACGCCGACAAUCCCGUCUUUGCCGUCAAAUACAUCCACAAAGACUACGCCGCCCGUCAUGGCAAGAUCAGUGCCCGGCAACUAGCCCUCGAAGUCACCGUUCAUCGGCACGUCACGGGGCACAACAAUAUUAUUAGUUUUUAUCAGACCGGUGAGGAUGAUACAUGGCGAUGGAUUGCAAUGGAAUUGGCCGAAGGCGGCGACCUGUUUGACAAGAUCGAGGCAGACGAAGGCGUUGGGGAAGACAUUGCCCAUGUGUACUUCUCGCAGCUCAUCAGUGCAGUCAGCUUCAUGCACUCCAAAGGCGUCGGCCACCGAGAUAUCAAGCCAGAGAACAUACUCCUGACCAGCGAGGGGAAUCUUAAGAUUGCAGACUUUGGCUUGGCCACGCUGUUUGAAUACAAAGGGACCAAGAAGCUGUCAACAACAUUCUGUGGUAGUCCUCCCUAUAUUGCGCCCGAGGUCAUUGCGUGCAGUACUCGGGGUCAGAUGAAAGGGUCGGGAUAUCAUCCGGACCUGGUCGACAUCUGGUCAUGUGGCAUUGUCCUCUUUGUCCUUUUGGCGGGUAAUACGCCCUGGGACAGCCCCACGGACGACAGUUACGAAUUCCACGAGUACAUCACAACGAAUGCACGCCCAUCUGAUGAGCUGUGGGAGAAACUGCCGGCCGCCACAUUAUCCCUCCUGCGAGGCAUGUUGACGGUCGACCCGAGGUGCCGCUUCUCACUGGAAGACGUGAGACGGCAUCCCUGGUACACUAGAUCCAACAGAUACCUGUCACCGGAUGGCACGAAGCUGAAGGAUCCCGUCAAUCUGGCCACGUCUAUGUUUGAAUCACUGCACAUCGACUUCAGCCAGGAUCCCUUCUCUCAGAAAAGACCCGGUGCCAGUCGAAGUGACCCCAUGGAUCUGGAAUUGAAUGCACAUGCUCCUGGCUCUUUUGGCGCCAUGUCAUCGACGCAGCCAGAAAUGGCUGGAAACGCCAUGGUGAUGGAUUGGCAUCUACCCCAUCUGGCGGGUGGGCAUGGUUCUACUCAGCCAGUCCUCAAGCCCUUCUCAUCUCAAGAUAUGGAACUGUCGGCUCAUCUGGAAGACGAGCCUUCAAUGUCUCAAUUCUCUCAAAAGCCGACCGUACCCUUGAGUCGCACCCAAAACGCGAAGAGGUUCCAAGAUAUCAUUCCACCUCGCUCGCUCACUCGCUUCUAUUCCGCGUGGGAAUUGAAGUUACUGGUUCCGUUGAUCUGUGAGGCAUUCCAUCGACUCGGAGUUCCCGUUCCCUCGGUGCCCGCGGUCAGGUCUGUUGACCUUUCCGCAACCAUUCGCGUUGUCACCAAGGAUGGUCGAGGAUGUCCUCUUCACGGCAAGGUUGUCAUCGAGUGCGUUUCCGAGGGGCUCUUCGAACUUGAAUUUUUGAAGAUCAAGGGGGAUCCCUUGGAGUGGCGUCGCUUUUUUAAAAAGGUGACCAUUCUCUGCAAGGACGCGGUCUUUAAACCGGAUGAAUGA